CCACUCUGCCGACUUGCUGCUGACAUUAAGUUGCAGCUGCUUCCAGGAAGUCAUAAAUAAGGGUAAAAUUAAGAGAAAUUACAAAGACAAAGGUCCACGUACUUUGGGGGACAGAAGCUGAAACAUCUGUGGAACUUGUACACUUUUUGACCGGAAGACAGAUUUUAUUCUUCAAACACAACUCUGAACAAAAACAGGCGAACUUCCAAAACCAGACAGCAGCUGAACGCUGAGGACACAAUGAAUGUCACACCCACUCCAAAUUCUACAAAUGGAUCAUUGUGUGUUGAUAUCGAGGACAGUCCUGUCAGCGACAUCUUGAUGACUGUUUACAUCUUGGCUUUUAUCUUCGGUUUGACUUUCAAUGUGCUGACUUUGUAUCCAAUACUCCAGCAAGUAAAGCAGCAGAACGUUUUAGGGAUCUUCCUGCUCAACCUGUCAAUAUCUGACUUGCUAUUCGUCUUCACCAUGCCCCUUUGGAUAAAUUAUUACCGAAAUGACCACAAAUGGGGACUGGGUGUGAAAUCUUGCAGUGUAGCAGGAUUCUUCUACUACUCCAACAUGUACAUCAGCAUCUAUCUGCUGUGUUGUAUCUCUGUGGACCGCUGCCUGGUGGUCUGUUGCCCACUCCGCUUCAAGCCCCACCGUACAUCUCGAUACGCCUGGGUCCAGUGUGCCAUGGUUUAUGCUGUGGUUACGAUCAUACACGUAUUCAUUCUGAUUUAUGACGACUUACCAGAUGCCCAUGAUGACACAUACAACAGUGACCAUUGUUAUGAGACCUACCCAAUGACGCCUAAUGUGGCUGUGUUUAAUAUGAUCAGAGUGGGACUCGGCUUCAUACUACCACUGCUCGUAUUGGGAGUGAGCUACUGGAAGGUGCUGGCCACUGUGGGAAAAAGUCCUGGCCUGAGUGCUCAAGCUAAGAGGAAAGUUCGUCUGCUAUCCUAUGGAGUAAUUGGCAUCUUCUCAGUUUGUUUUGCUCCCUAUCACGUCCUCCUCCUUGUGCGCUCACUUGUCCGCUUCUUCUACUCUGAAGAAUUUCACUGUAGUUUUGAAAAAACAAUGCACUUCCACUUCUCCGGCACUCUGGCGCUGUCCAGUCUGAACUGUGUCGUGGAUCCUGUGCUGUAUGUUCUGGUCAGUAAUGUUGUAAGAGAUAAACUGAUACUUUGCUGCAGAAGUCAUGAACAGAAAGGGACGGAGGACUGCAAGCUGACUUCGUAUAAAAAAGAAAGCUCUAAUAAGGGUGCCUUGAUAUGAAGGGCAGACUGACUGUGAUACAUAAUUUGUUUGUAUGUAUGCACAAUAUGUAUUAGCCCUUACGACCUCAAUUACAGAGGAACUGCUCAUUCUUGUGAUACAGAUGGGCAUUUGUGAUGUAAAGAAAUAAGAUUGUAUCAAAUGUUUUCAUAAAUAUGUUCCCUGCUCUUCUAUGUGACUUGUGAACUAGUUUAAUUCAACUGAAAAGCUGAAAAACCUGCAAAGAGGAAAACAUAAAAAAAUAAAAUAGCACCAAUAACCAUAUAAGUGUGCACACCCUUAUACUUCUUACUAUGCACCUUUUGGUGUUCAUUUAGUCCUACCGUACAUGUAUUAUCAAUUGUAGCUAAUCUGAUUAACCUGAAGCUCAGAAAUUGUAGCUUUUCUGCUUUUGUUUUGCUUCAGAACUGAGCAGCAGGCUUCCUCGAGGAAUCUAUUCUAGCAUUGUGAGACCAAGUUUAAUAUAAUUUUUCACUUAAAACCUUAAAACCAGAAUUAAAAACUGAGGCAAAAUCUGUUGGAUUAUCUGGGAGGUUUGUGAAAAAAGAUCUGGUAGAUUCUGAGACCCGUUUUGAGGCAGAGUAAGGAAAUAUUGGUUUGACAAGGAGUGUCAAUGCUGUUAUUGAAUCAAAAGGUGCUUCUUCAAAGUGUUAUUUAUUUUGCAUAGUCACCCCAACAGGUUGUUGUGGUUUGAUGUUUAGCAUUUUUGCCCAAGUAAAAUGCUAUGUUUUAAAAGAAAAAGUUGAACUUGAUAAAUGUGACAGUACAUUUGAGAACAUUUUGAAAAUGUUUCACUUACUAACUUAAAAAAUGUCCUGAAGUUUUACCGAAAGUGUGGACGUCUAGGUGUCUGUUUCUCCCACGCUGCACAGUAUGCAUAGAGGAAGAGGGCUGCCAGAUGUUUUUCUCUCAGGGCUCAGCAAUUGCAUUGUAGUCUUUUGGUUUAAUCGCUCCUGAGGCUUCUCUAAGUGGCAGACAAUUUUUGUUACACGCUUUACAGUGAACCAGCCUUUUUUUUAUUUAUUUUAUUUUCAUUCUGUACGUGUGUACCAUGCAGUUCUUGAAGUGUAAAUAAAAUUAUGCAUGCAAUUUCCACCACAAAUUAAUAUCAAAACUCUUAAACUUCAGAGACAUGUUGCAAUAGAAUAAAAAUAAAUAAACCACUGGCUUGAACAAGU